AUGACGUUUCUCCUUAAAAGCCUUCUCCAGACGCUGUCCAACGGUAGUCGGAUUCAAGGGACGACUAUCAGUUCACGCCUUCUCUUCAUACUUAGGGAAAGGACUUGUACAGUAGUCAGCACAGCUUAUUCAGUUUAUUCUUGUAAGAAAAUCGACAAAAUGUCUGAUUUGGAAGAACUCUGGAAAUCUUUACAAGAAGCAGUCAAUAGCAAGUCCCUGCUAAAAAAACAUUUGACUCCCGCUAGGUAUGAGAGAUUAAAGAAUAAAAAGACCAAAUUUGGAGGCACCCUGGCUGAUUGCAUCCGAUCCGGCUGUAAGAAUCCAGACAGCGGUGUUGGUAUCUAUGCUUGUGACCCUGAUGCAUACACCACAUUUGCUGAAGUCCUUGAUGCUGUCAUCAUGGACUACCACAAGAUUGAGAAAGUUGCACAUCCCCAACCCAGCUUUGGUGAUGUUAAUAACUUGGGUUUUGGUGACCUUGAUCCUAGUGGUGAGCUGAUUGUCUCCACUCGUGUGCGUGUUGGCAGGAGCCAUGCUAGUUAUGGCUUCCCUCCAGUCCUUACUAAAGAGGAUCGUGUCAAUAUGGAGAAGGCCUCAGUUGAAGCUCUGCAGUCUUUGGAGGGUGAACUGCAUGGACAGUACUUUCCUCUUGAUGGAAUGACCCCAGAGACUCAACAGAAGCUGACUGCUGAUCAUUUCCUCUUCAAUGACUCUGACAGGUUUUUGAAGGCUGCUAGUGGCUAUGAUGAUUGGCCCACUGGCAGAGGAAUUUACUUCAACCAGGACAAGACUUUCUUGUGCUGGGUCAAUGAGGAAGAUCAUUUGAGAUUGAUCUCUAUGCAAAAAGGAGGCAACUUGGCUGAAGUCUACAGGAGGUUGGUCAAGGCUAUUGAACAAAUGGAGAAGAAAUUGACCUUUGCCAAGAAGGAAAACAUGGGUUAUCUUACUUUCUGCCCCAGCAACUUGGGUACCACCAUGAGAGCUAGUGUGCACAUCAAGAUCCCCAAGGUCUCACAGAUGCCUGACUUUAAGGAUGUCUGUGACAGAUACAAUCUGCAAGCCAGAGGUAUCCACGGUGAGCAUACAGAAAGUGUUGGUGGUGUCUAUGAUAUCUCCAACAAACGCAGAAUGGGUCUUACAGAGUUUGAAGCUGUUACAGAGAUGAUGAGGGGUGUCAACGAGAUCAUCCGUUUGGAGAAGUCUGCCUAA